GCCCUGCCCAAGGAGCUGACAACUGAAGUACAAGAGACAGCAGGUGGUUACAGACAGCUGGUCAGGGAAGCCCAUCUAAAGAAGACAUCUGCUUUGCUCCUCUCUAGGUGGAUCCCUUCAUGCUGCUUGCCCCAGUGACAUCCUGCAGCGCGUUUUCCUCCGAAAGGGGAAAACACUUCGGACUCGCCCAGCCAGUUCGCCCUGCUCCCUGUAGGGAAGGGCCCAGCCGCGGCGCGUUCCCUGUCACUGCAGCACGGCCCCUUAUGGGUUAAGUAGGAACCCGGGACAGGCAUGUGCACCUUUCGGUAUGAAUAUUAAUAACGCCAGUUGUUGGAGGCAGGAUCAGAGCAUGAAAAAGUGAAACGACAUAAGGGGAGGAGAAAGGAAAAGGGCUUGAGUUCUCUCCCCGAGGAACCGCACGGGACGCUGCGCGGCUGGGAGAGAGAACCCGCCUUCCCCCAGCGUUUUGGGACAGCUAAACUCAGGAACCAGUUACCCCGGCACGGCCCCCACCUCCCCCACACACACCAGCCCCCGGGAGGAUCAGCACAUGGGACGCCGUCCAAGCCGACGCGGGCCGGACUCCAAGGCUACGGGCUGCUUGGGAAUGAGAGCGCAGGAGUUUCUGGAGAGGGGAGCUGGGCUGGACUCUCACCCGUGCGCAAGUCCCCGUCCGGGUGCUCAGGUCUGAUCGGAGGCUGAAAUCUUUGGGAGAAGGUCAGGCACCUGGGACAGUUAGUUCCCAGCUCCCCUCUGGGAAGUGAGCCCAAGCCACCAGCAUCCAGGAGAUACAGGUGGGAGCUGGGAUGGCAAAGCGCCCACCUGAUGCCAGGAUUAGCGGAAGGAGAGGAGCGGGCACAGAGAGCCAGGAGGGCCUGACAUCCAGCCGGCUGACCAUGGACUCCCAGAGCAUCUGGCACAGUUCCCUGGGGACCGUCCUGCUCUUGGCCUGGCUGAGUGUUGGCUGGGGCAUCGGCAGCACUCAGGGGACAGCCAGCAGGACCCUGGUGUUCGGCCUGGAGCCCCAGCCCCGCCAUCGGCGCCAGCCGGGCCGUGGGGAAUGGACGCCAUGGGGAGGCUGGAGCGCCUGCUCCAGUUCGUGUGGGGACGGCGCCUCCUUCCGCACUAGGAAAUGCAUCCGGUUCCCUGAAGAGGAGCUGUGUGCGGGGGAGCCCCGGCAGUACCGAGUGUGCAAGCUACACGAGUGUCCUGGCAGCUCGGUGCCCUUCCGGGCCGUGCAGUGCUCUCUGUAUGACGGCAAGCCCAUCCCGGGGAGCCAGGCGAGGUACCAGUGGGUUCCUUUUCAUGGAGCGCCCAACCUCUGUGACCUGAACUGCCUGGCGGUGGGACACAAUUUCUACUACACCUUCGGCCGAGUGCUGGACGGGACCCGCUGCAGCCCGGACUCCCCGGAUCUCUGCAUCAGCGGCCAGUGCUUGACAGCGGGCUGCGACGGGAUCCUGGGCUCCGGCUCUCAGAGCGACGCCUGCGGUCUGUGCGACGGCAGGAACGACUCGUGCCUCCUCGUGCGGAGGGUGUUCCGGGCCGCGCUCCCCUCCUCCGGUUUCUUUGGGUACAAGAACGUGACGAGGAUCCCGGCAGGGGCCAUGCACAUCAAGGUCACCGACCGGAGCCGCAACUACCUAGCACUGAUGAACGGGGAGCAGCGGUACGUGAUCAACGGGGACUGGGCCAUCGACUGGCCGGGCGCGUACGAGGUGGCAGGCACCACGGUGCGCUAUGCCCGGGACCCGGACAAUCACGAGACCCUCGAGGCAGCCGGGCCGACAGAGGAGGAUCUGCACAUCAUGGUCCUGUUCCAGGAGCCGAACCCGGGCAUCGAGUACGAGUACUGGCUCCCCAGGGAGCGGCACGGGCACCUCCAGGGCGACUCCAGCCCCCUGCGACAGCCUCAUCCCAGAGGGCUCGACCUGGACCCACCCAGAGUGCCCCAGCCUGGGCCUUGGACCACCCUGGUGCCCCCCACUCACCUCAGCAUCAGGGACACGACCACGGAGCGGUCCCGGCAGGGACCCACAGACACAGCUCAAACAGGAAGCUGCGGCAGGUGCCAGACGCCCAAGGGAAAGUCCCAGCGCAUCCGACACUACUGCCAGAGUGACUUUGUGUUCCGGGCCCGGAUCCUGUCCAAGCGGCCGAUCGGGCAGGAGACGCGCUACGACGUGCAGGUGAAACACACCUACCGCAACCGCUUCCCCCUGGUGCACCGGGAGUACGUGUGGGUCUCCAACGCCUGCGACUGCCCCCAGCUGCUGGAGCGCCGCGAGUACCUGCUCAUGGCCCGGCGGCACGUCAACUACGAGCACACGCUCAACCGCAUCCUGCUGCAGCGCGGCAGCUACGCCCGGCCCUGGUCGCCCCGGGAGGACAAGCUGCUGCGGGACAUCGCUGGGCACUGCCCCCGGGGCAGGCCGGCGUGACCGGAUGGGAGCCCCCUCCCGCAGCAGCGUGGGAGAGCCCAGCCACGGACAGGGCUGGCACGGAGCGGUUUGGGGGCGCCCUGGCCCGUUUCCACUCAGCCCCCCCCCAUACAUACUUGGGGUGAAGCCCCUCAGAUCAGCCAGUCUGACCAAUGCUGCCUUCACCUGCCGCUCACCCCUGGGCUGGCUGGCGCCAAGGCAGGGCCCUGAUGCAGGCACCUCCCCAGGCCCAAAGUCACCUCCUUGCAGCCGGACCCCCACCUCGAGUGCCAGCCACGGGGGCGAGAGCUGGGGGCUGAUGGGACAGCGGCUGCUGAGAUCAGCCUGGGACGGAGGAAGGCAGAGGGUCAUCGGAACGGGGGGAUUUCAGCCUCCAGUCUCUCCCCGAUCCAGUGAGUGGGACCCAGCCACGCUGCCCAAGGGGUAAAAUGGGACUGUGGCUUCCCAACAGGGCAGGAUGUUUGAGUCCACGCCGGGUGGAUGAGGGGACGCAGGGCUUUAAAAUGGUGCCUCCCAACAGGUGCAAAUCCAGGUCGUGAGCCUCACAGCAACCCGUUCACUAGACCGGGACCACCCUGCUCGGCCACCUCCCUGCAGUCCUGGCACUGCGAAAUCCAUGCCAUGCAGGGUGCAAAUGGUGUGAGAACCCACACAUCACAUCCACAUCGGCUAGCACGCCAUGCAAACACACGCACACGCUAGCCCAUCAUGCAAACACACACACAUGCUAGCCCAUCAUGCAAACACAUGCACAUGCUAGCACAUCAUGCAAACACACACACACACUAGCACUUCAUGCAAGCACAUGCUAGCCCAUCAUGCAAACACACGCACAUGCUAGCCCAUCAUGCAAACACAUGCACACGCUAGCACUUCAUGCAAACACAUGCACACGCUAGCACAUCAUGCAAACCUACACAUGCAAACAAACACACAAGCUCACUCUUCAACUCCCACAUGCACGCCAGCACCCAGCCAAGUCCCACCCCUCGCACACCCAAACCCGUCUGGCGCUCGGAGCGCCCAAGGCAAAGCGUCUGUGUCUGUCUGUAAUUAACCCCACUCCCCGCCCCCUCUCCCUGGUGCAGGGCUCGGCUGCUUUUCUCCCUGGGGAGCUGCUCUGAGUCGAGUCUCGGGGAUCAGACCCUGCUAGGCUGCGCCCCCGCCCCCAGCCCCGCACUGACGCCUGCCACGUACUCCUCCCCCAGCUCUGCCCAGUAGUGAUAACACUUGAGUCCCUGAAAUCCCACCCUCCAGCCCACGGGAGGCGCCCUGGACUCCAUCUGCCCAGCCAGCCCCUUUGCCUGGGCCCACCAGCCCAUGCCAGGCGAGAUUCCCAGCUGGGCUUGGUCCUUGUUCCAUCUCCACCCUGCCUGCCCCACUCCCUGCUCCUGCUGGGAGCCACACGCUCCCUUCAGCCCAGGGGUGGGCUCCCAAGAGCUAGCAUGGGAUGGGCACACUGUGAAAUGGGCACCUAAGGGGGGUGGGACAGCUAGAGAGGGGUGCCCCCCCGUGAGGGUGCUCCUAGGGCCACGGCAGUCGGCGGAGGGGGCAGACACACCAGAACAUGCCGGCAGGUGGGCACAGCAGGUGGCAUGUGCUGCAGAAGCCGGUGCAGCGGAUGUGGGCUCUGCAGGAAUGGGCAGGGCCUGUGUUGAGAUGGGCCUCUCAGGGGUGGAGGCUCCUGGGACUGGGGGCAGAAGGGGAAGGGGUCGGAGAUGGGCACAGCGGGAGGUGGGCCCUGCCUAAUGCCACCUGAAUGUGCGGCUAGCCCAACACAUAGCCCAGACUUGCCCCUCGGUGGCGCUCCCUCCAAGACCCCUCUGCAGCCCCCCUGCCUGCUUCACAUAGGGGCACUGCCCAGCCUCUCACCCGGGGAGAGUCAAGCCAAUGUGGGGCUCCCCCGCUGCCCCCCAUCCCUUCUCUGUGUUGUGUUUUGGGGGUAAUUUAUUUUUGCCAAAUAAAAUAUG